AUGGCAGCAACAGCGGUGAGUUGAGUGCUCUCACAUUUGUCGAUUCUCGUCUCGUCUCCGCGCUUCCAUUCCAUCUCAUCUAGGUCUUUAUCCAUAGGUGGAUUGAGAACCAUCGCCAUGUGUUGUUGUCGUCAGUCUUGAGGGAGUAGUGAUCGGAAGUGCUUCUCGGCAACGUCUCUGUAUUCUUAGGCAUGUUUCGCACGUCGUCGCAUUCGGAAUGUCGUCCAACCAAGCGUCACGCCCGACGCCGACCGGUAUAGUUGCCGGCCGGAACUUCCCAGCAGACAGCGGGCUGCUGUCGUCGGACGACGAGGAGGAGCUCGCAGGGUGGACUGACGGAAGUAGCCGGCGGUCGUUAGCGAAUAGAGCAUCGAGCCGUCACGGGGACAGCGAGAAGCCGGAAUCUGGCCGACGAACGCACGAUGGGAGAGGCGGAGGAAAAGAAAGAAUGGGGAAGGGAGGCGAGGGGAGGAGUAAGGCGGGGAGGCGGAAGAAGUCGCAGUCGUGGAGCGACGCGUCGCUCGACAGCGACGAGCCGCCGCUCUCCCCACAUGGCAGCACGCGUGCCGAGUCCAAACGAGGGAGUUCGGGGAAGUCCCCUGAAGGCCGGAAUGUCUUAUCCGUUGAAACCGCUGACCUCGCCAGGAUUGACUCCGCAGGGUCGUUGUCGAGCCUGCCCCAGUCGUGGUGGCGCGUGCCUCGGUCGCACAGCCGAACCGAGAGCACAAGCUCGGUGAACUCUCACCAUGCCUCGUCUAUUCCUGAGCCUGGUCUAGUGGAAGUCCAGGAUCGGAAAAAUUACGAUGAGAUGGCAGUCGAUCAAUCAGGCGUUGCCACGUCAGCUUCCCCCAUCCCCCACAUUGGCUUGCGGAAGCACGUCAAGAAACGCCUCUCUAGGAUCUUGGGACGGGUGAAAGGGAAGUUUCUGGGAAGUGGGGAGGAGGAGGACGGGGCGAAUGCGGGGGAGGGCUGGGGGGUGGCGAGGGCUGGGGGAGGGCAAGAGGUGGAGGGCGAUUGGGGUCGCGCGGGGGAGAUGGAGUGGGGGGAGAGUGAGGGGGAUGGGGAGGGCAGUGAGAGCAGUUUCCUGCCUCCGAGUGAGGGAGGGAGUGUGAUUAUAUGGAGCGAAACGGGCACUGUGACAACAGGAGGGGCGUGGAGCGAGGCAGGGAGUGUGAUUGUACACAGCGAAGCCAGUUACGCCACGGUGACGUCUCCUGUUACAGGGACGCAUGGGGGAACAGGAAUUACUGGUGCAGGUUCGAUCCCUAGAGUCAUAUCAAACGAUAGCAGCUAUGCGUACAAGGAAGGCGCUAGUAAUGCCGCAGGCCGUGCGAAACCGCAGCAGCAGCAGCAGCAGCAAGGGCGCGGGCAACGGCGUGUGAGGGGGGAGUGGAGGCAGAGCAGCACGGGGGGUGCGCGAGAGGGCAGGUCAAGAGGCGGAGAGGAGGAGGUAGAGGCGGAAGGCAGCAUGGGUGCACGUGCAGAAGGCGGAGCAGGGUGCGACAUAUGGGUGAGAGAGGAAGGAACGGAGUGGCUUGAUGACGAUGACGACGACUGGGGGCUGGCUCUGGAGGGCACCGACCAAGGGCGCCAGAGCGGUCGCAUGGCGGGAGGGGCAAGUAGGGGUAGCGACGGGCAGCAACGGGUAGAUAACAGUGGGAGGGGUGCAGCGGCAGGGAGGCACAUGCCAGGUGACGUGGAGGGUCCAGAUGCUCUUGGUGACGCUAGCGAGAGUGACUCUAGCGAGGGAGAGACGGAGGAGGAGCGGAGGAGGCGAGAGGAGGUGCUGAGGAAGCGGAGGGCGCAGGUGGCGGGCGGGCGGGGGGGAUUAGGGUCCGGGCAGAGUGGGAAUGGGCGGGGCGAAAGGAGAAGUGAGGAGGGUAAGGGGAGUGGGAGGGAGAGCGGGAGUGGGAAGGAGAGGGGGAGUGGGAAGGAGAGGGGGAGUGGGAGGGAGCGAGGGAGUGGGAGGGAGAGGGGGAUGGCAAAGGGAGGAGAGAAUGGGAGCGGGGAGAGCAGUGAGGGGUAUGUGAAAGGGGACAGCGCCAGGAGAGCAGCCGGAGCAGCGGCCGCGUGGGAGAGAAUCGUGGGGAAGAAACCAGCGUCUCUCCCUGCAGCACCUACUGAUGCCCCUGCUUCCUCUGCCCCUGCUUCCUCUGCCCCUGCUUCCUCUGCCCCUGCGUCGUCCGUGCCUGCCACACCGCGCUCUGCUGCACCACUUGCCUCAUCCGCCCUCCCUGACUUCGACUCACUCAGCGACUCCAGCACCAGCAGCAGUGGCGGCAGCGGCAGCAGUGAUGGCAAGGGCAGCAAGGGCAGGAGGCAGGGCAAGGGGCGGCAGUCGAUGGUGCCGCGCACGUUCCCUUUGAGCAGGAGCACCACGGACCAUGGCUUCCUCUCCAGUCCCGAGUACGACGACGCCCUGGGCAGCGGCCAGGCGCCCUCCAUGCUGCCCAAGUCCUUCCUUACGCCGUCCCGCAGUGUCACCGGUGCCGGCGACGCUGCUGCUGGCGGCGGCAGUAGCUGGACCUCUAGCCUCGGCGCCCCUGCCACUGCUGCCAGCACUGCUGGAGGCCCGGGGAUAGGCUCGGGUAUAGGCCGCUCGGGUGGUGGCCUGGGCUCUUGGAAGAGCAUGAAGCGCCGGCUUGGCCGGGCCACGAGCGUAGGGUCGGUGCAGACGGACAUGGACGGGUGGUGGAGCGAGGAUGGGUGGAGCGAGAUGGGGAGGGAGGAGGGGCGGGACGAGCUGCAGCAGGAGCAGGCGCGCAUGCAGGAGGCACUCGCAGCAGGGGGGGGCGUGGGCCGCCCGGAUAGAGGCCCUAGAAGAAUAGGAGGCGCCAAGCCUCUCGUUCGGAUCCGAGGCUUGGGAGCAGGGUUGGAGCGGGUGCCUGAGCGGCGCAGCGAGUCGGGAUGGUCUGAGUCGUGCAGCAGUGGCAGCGGCGGCGGCAGUGGCAGCGGCAACAACAGCGCGAGGCACUCGGGGGACGCGGACAGCCACAGUGGCAGCAGGCGAGGGAAAGACAUUGGGGGCUCGACCCUUGCUGCUGCGGUUAGCUCUGGUGUUGCUGGUGGUGGUGGUGCUGCUGCUGCUGUUGGCGGGUUGCCGCCGUCAGGGUCGACAGGGAGUCGCGGCAGCAGCAGAGGCGGCAGUAAAGCAGCCCCUCCCAUCAGCCCCUCCACCACUUCCACCGGUGGUACGGCCAGUGCUGUCAGCAGCGUUGGCAUCACCAGCGGCGGCAGCAGCAGCAGUCGGUCAGCACGGGUCUUCCAGAAGAAUAUGAGUCUGCCAGAGGAGAGGAUCUCCAGAAGGAGCAGUGGCCAGUGGGACGCUGCCAUGUCCGCAGCAGGGAGCGAUUUUAACCCCAGAACCCCCCCGCCCGCCAGUCCAAGUGCUCGCUCCCCAUUGGCUGGGAGGCUAAUGAGCGCCACAGGGAUGCUGGGUAGCAGGGAGUUGGGGGCAGGCAGAGCAGGGGGGGCGGAGGGAGCUGGGGGGGCAGGGGGGGUGGGCGAGCGGCGGUUUGUGCGGCACUCGAGUCUGCAGGAGGACAGGGGGCGCCACAGGAAGAGCUUCAGCCAGUGGUCCUCCUCAGGCCUCAGCCUCGCCGCUGCCGAUGCCGCACCUGCAACGCCCGGCUCGGCAGGAGGCUCGGAACGUAGGUCAGGGCUUGGUGGUCCAGAGAGGCGGAUGGUUCGGAAUCUGAGUCUGGGAGGCGGCGAGGUGUUCAGCGCGAGCGAGCUGGGGAUAGCGGUGGAGAGGAGGGAGGGGUGGCGCGAGGGCCUUCUCAAGGGCGGGCUGCUGAGGAAGGUGUCGGGGGGGAAGGAGCUGGGCGGGGGCACGGAGGAGAGCCCAGGGGGAACGCGGAUGAAGAGUGAAGCGGUGCAGGGAAAAGGGGCUGCUGCUGCUGCCGCUGGUGCAGCAGUGGGUGGGUGGCGCAGUGCGAGUGUGGGGGGCCCAAGCGGCAUGGAUGCGGGCGGGGAGAGGCGCGCUCGGUACGGACUGAAGGGGCUGCAGGGCAGCCGCCUGCGCGAGAGGGCGUUCCGCCAGCGAUGGGGGGCCGGGGGGGCCACGCCCGUGGUGGAAGAAGGGGAGGAGGAGGGCGAGGAGGGGGGGGAGGGGGUGAAGGAUGGGGUGAAGGAUGGGGUGAAGGUGGGGGAGGGGAGGGGAGGCAGGAAUGUGGCGAAGGAGGGGAAGCAGGAGGAAGUACAUACGGUGAGGAGGGAGGAAAUAGGGGAGAGGAAGCUGAGGGAGGUUGGGAGAGAGAAGGGACGAGGGGAUGCGGAAGGGAGUGCGGAGCAGGAAAGAGGAGGUGAUCCGAGGGAGGGACGAGGAAGGGGAGAGGGAGAGGGAGUGGCAAUGGGUGGAGAGGGGUUGGGGAAGCAGGAGGAGAAAGGUGCCACUGCGUCCAGUGUUGGCACCAGGGCUGCGCUGGAAAAGGGGCCGAAGAGGAGUGAGAGGGGCGCUGUGAGGGCUGCUGGUGCUGGUGAGGGGGAGAGGAGUGGGGCGGGGGAGGUGCAGGGGGUGGGGGGAAGGGAGGAGACGGGAGUCGAGGAAAAGGGACGAAGGGACAGCAGCAGCGGCACGGAGUGUGGGGGUUCUUUGGGGGGGGAGGUGGAAAAGCAGGGGAAUGAGGGGAUGGGGGAUGAGGGGGUAAGUGAGGGGCAGAGUACAGUGAGGAACGAUGAGGAGGCAGGGGUGCAGAGUGGUGAUAGGGGUGGUAAUAUGGGGCAUGAGGGGGGGCGUGCAGGGGGAGGUGAAGUAACUGGGGCAUCAGGGUGGCAGAAGCAGCAACUGGGGCAAGGGCAGUGGGUGUUUGAGGUUCCUAAGAAACCGACGCAGGGGGGUCCAAGCCUGUCGCACGAAGUGCAGCCUGGAAACCCCGAGCUAGGGCAGCAGGGGCAGAUGGAGAGUAAGGACGAGAAGGAGAAUGAGCAGCAGCAGAGGGAGUUGAAUGAGCCGGAGAAGAAUGGGAAGAAUGGGAAGCAUGAGCAUUUGCGGGUGCAUGGGCACAUGCAGCAGGGUCCAGUGGAGGCAGAGCUGCUGGGUGGAGGUGGAGGUGGAGGUGGUGGUGGUGGUGGUGGAGGUGGUGGUGGUGGGGAGACCAAGGGGGAAAUGGCGGUUGUGGCGCCCAGUGGCGGCAGCAGAAGGCGGCUGAGUCGCAGCAGCAGCGUGCCAUCGCCCGCUGCUCUUCGUGGACUCACUCACUCGCCAGCUGCGCCUUCCGACCACUCCUCUCACCCUAUGCACUCCACCUCCCAGCAUCAACAGCAGUCUCUGCACCACAUCCCACGGCAGCAGCAGCAGCAGCAGCAGCAGCAGCACAAGGGGUCGCCAUCACUGCACAGGCAGGCAAGAGCCCUUGUGAAGACACGCAGCUUGCCACCCUCUGCUCUCUCCGUUGCUGCUGCUGCUGCUGCUGCCUCGGUGGUCCCUGCUGCUGCGGCUGGAAGCCCCGCGUUUGCACCGCACCCCUCCAUGCCGGGCCGGCAUGUGAGGGGGGCAGACGACGCUGGGCUCCGGUCAGCCAGCCGGCUGCAGCAUGCGUCCUCCCCCGAGCCUGUGUUUCUAGACGGGGUGGCACGUGGGAGCGCGCCCCACCAAGUUGGCACGCCCGCAAUGGCGGAUGCAGCCAAGGCGUCUGCCUUGCCUGCCUGCGACCUUUCCUCGGCCAUGCCAGUGGUGCAGCAGCGAAUGGGGGGGUUACCUUGUGAGUCAGUGGAGGUGGUAGAUAAUAGCAGUGUGGGUGUGCUGGGCGCGGGUGGAGGGGAGGGCAGUGGGCGCAGCAGCGAGGACCAGGGGAGUGGGCGAAGCAACGGGAGCGGCGUGCGGAGUAGACGAGCGAGUGGCAGCGGGGAGAGUGACAUGAGUGGCAGGCAGCAGAGUGUUGAGGAGGGAGAGGAGAAGAGUGGGAGCAGGAGAGGGGAGAAGCAGCGGCGGGGAGAGGGGGAGAGGGUGAAGAAAGGCAAGGAGAGGGAGGUGGGGAAGAAGGGAGGGCAGAGGACGAAGGGAGAGGGGGAGGAGGGUGAGGGGGGAGAUGGGGAGCAGGAGUGGAUGGAUGGGAGCAGGGAGCAAAGAGGGGGGGAUGCGCGGGCAGGGAGAGCAAGUGCAGAUGGGGAGGAGUUUUUGGAGCAUGGGGAGCAGCAUAGUGAACGUGAGGGGCAUGAGAGUGGAGGCGAGGUGCACACGCGCGCAGCGGCUAGCAACAAGGAGCCUGAGCGGGCUGCUGGAUUGGUAAAGACCAGCAAGGGGACAUUAGUGGAUGCGGCAGGGGAGGAUAGGGGAUCUAACGCAAGCAAGCAGAGGAAGGGGCGUGCGAGGAGGCAUGAGAAGGAGCAUGGGGAGGGCAGGACGACAGAGCCUAGCAGCUCGAUGCGUUCUGGAAAGAGCCCAAGGAGGCCCGAAAAGAGCCCUAGAGGCACGAAGGGUACAGAGGAGCAAGUAGGCAGUCCCCACCUGGAGCAUAAGAGUGGCAAGGAAGUCGUGAAAGGCGCAAAGAAGGUCGCUAAGAGCCCGCGAGGGGUGAAGGGAGACGGUGAGGAUGCCCCGCCUAUGAGGGGGGGAAAGCAUGGCAGGAAGAAGCAUGGGAACGAGAAGGAGAGGGGGGAGCAGCAGGAGUGCGGGAAGUUGGAGGGAGGUGGCGUUGGGGAGAGCAAACGAGCCAAGGGUGAGGAGAAGAAGCAGCAUGGGGAGAAGCGGCGGGAGAAGGAGGAGGGGAAGGAGCACAACGGGGGGAGAGGCAGGCACAGGGAGAAGAAGGGGGCUGACGAACGGCAGAAGGAGGGGCAUGGGGAGAAGAAGGGGGCUGACGAACGGCAGAAGGAGGGGCAUGGGGAGAAGAAGCAUGAAAACGAGAGGGGGGAUGGGGGGACAACAACGCAGCGUCGGGAAAGGGAGAAACACGGGGAGAAGAAAGGGGAUCAUGAGAAAAGGUCGAAACAUAAGGAGGAGAAGGAUGAGAAGAGGGGGGAGAAGAAGUGUGUUGUUGGUGCAACAGAGAGCGGGAAGGGUGUGAGGGAGGGGGGAGGCAGACGACUGAGAGUUGGAGAGAAGGGGAGGAAGGGCAGCACGGGAGCGGAUUCCGUGCUCUCAGAUGCCCAUGGCUGCCGCGCCUCAGCUGCGGACGAACCGGUGCCCCCGGCUGCUGCUGCUGCUGCUUCUGCUUCUGCUGCUACUGCUGGUGCUGGUGGCGCCAUGCCAUGCCACACGGCGUCCAGCAGCUGUGCUUCCUCCUCGGACUUCAGCCUUGACCUGCACGCCCCCAGCACCGCACAGCAGCAAGUGCAGGAAGCUUCAGCCGUGCAGGCGAUGAACGAGUCGCAGUCGGGCUUUGUCGCCGGCAGACCUGAUUCUUCGCUGCGCGCCGCAUCGCCAGCCACAGCCAACCACGUGCUGCCGCCAUCCGCCAGUGCCCCCUCUCACGCUGCUGCUGCUGCUGCCGAUGCUGAUGCUAAUGCUGAUGCUGCUGCUAAUGGUGAUGGUGGCGGGGCAGACAUGGAGGGCAGCAUGGGGGUGCAGAGUGGUGCACAAGAGAGGUGGGUGCGAGAUGGUGAGGCACAGGAGGGUGGAUAUAAGGAGGGCGGGGGUGGGGAGGAGGGAGGAGAUGAGGAGGGGGAGGUGGUGCUGUACGGGAUGGUGCCUGUGGAGGAUGAGAUGCUGCUGGUGGGGCUGGCACCACACCAUGCAUGCACGCGUGCUGCAGAGGGUGAUUCUCAACAGCAGCAGGAAUGUGAGGGGCAGCAGCAGGCAGGGCAGCACAGACAAUCAGAGCAGCAGCAGCAAGAGGAGGCGGAGGAGCAGGAGGAGGCGGGGCAGGAGGCGCUGCUUUGUGCAGGGCCCACGCGGGUAGAAGAGGGGUCAGAGCACGAGGCUACAAGGGUAAUUGCAGCAGUCACAGGCUUGCUGGCAGAAGCAGCCCCCGUGGCUGAUAGUGACCUGGCAGGUGGUGACGUGGAAGGUGAGGAGGGAAGUGCGAGGGCAGAGGACGUGGUGGAGGCAGCAGCGAUGGAUGGCACCAGGGGUGCGGAUAGAGAGGCAUGGCAGGCUGCUUCUAGCAGUGUGGGGGAUGGUAGCGGCAACGAGGAGAGCAAGGAGGAGGAGGAGGGGGCUGUGGAGGAGGGGGUUGUGCCCGCGUGUGAAGGUGGGGAGCUGGGUGGCAGGAAGGCAGCGCUGCACGCAUCGCUGCACCUGGGGUCGUUCAAGCUGACGGGGUGGAGCCAGAGCAGCGGGAUGCAUGAGGCGAGCACGGCACGUGAGGCACAUGGGCAUGGAGGGGGCAGCAUUGGGGUGAAGGCGCUAGACGAGGCGAGGAGCUUCCGAUUCCACCCCGCCAACGUCCUCGUCAUCGACGUGCCGCCCACCGUUUCCCCCUCGCCCUCCCACUCCCCCACCUCCUCCUCGCCCUCCCCCUCUGCCCGCGCACCUCUCACCCCCAGGUUACCGCUCACUCCGUCAACCCCGCUCACCCCCUCAACCCCUCUCACCCCUCGCCGCAGCAUCUUCACGCCGCGCUCGCUGCUCUCCGCCUCCCUCGGCGCCCUCACUGGCAGCAAGAGCAGCGGCAGCAGGGAGAGGGGCAGCAUGGGUAGCAGCAACAUGCCCAGGAGCCCCUUCUUCCGCUCCCACUCGUCCAAGCCACACCACCAGGAACACCAGCAGCAGCAGCAACAGCAGCAGCAGCAGCAGGAGCAGGAGCAGGAGCAGGAGCACGAGCACCGGUACCUCCCAGACGAGCAGCGUCUGAGCGGUGUGCCUCCUGCGUGCUCGCCUCGCUUCGCCUUCUCCCGCCCCUCCGCCCUGCCCUCGCUCUCCGCGCUCUCCUCCAUGCUCCCCUCGCCCCGCACCCCCUCCCGGGGCACACACAGCUUUGCAGCUGAUGGCACACGAGCAGACCAAAGCAGCGUCACAGGGGGGAGUGGCGGUGCUGCUGCUGCUGCUCUUGCAGCAGGUGUGGCUGGGGGAGGUCGUACCCGAGGAUUUGGUGGUGGCAGCUGGAUUGAGGGGAGGAAGCCGAGGAGCGAGCACUACCUGAGGGAGCAAGAGCAGCUGCAGCAGCAGCAGCAGCAGCAGCAGGGGAAGGCGAAGGCGAAGGGGCAGAGACAGAGCGAGCAGCAGCGGCCGAAAACAGCGUCUGCAGCAAUAGGCCGGUCAAAGGGGCGACUUGGGGGGAACUCGGGGAUGACCAGCGAUGGCAGCGCUGGCAGUAGUACGAGCAGUGGCGCCACCACCACACGCACCAAGAGCAGUGCAGGCAACACGCGUGGGCUUCCCCUCACUGACGAUUCCAUCAGCCUUGUUACGCUUUCCAGGAACAGUCAUGCCACCAACCCCUCGACUCCACCCCGUUCUUCCUCACUCGCUGCUACUGCUGCUUCUGUUGCUGCUGCUGCCGGCCAUAGUGUCGCUAAUACCUCACUCCAUAGCCCAGCCUGCACCAGUCCCACCUCCCCGCCCUCCAUGGCCCUCCCCACCACCCCCACAAGCAAGAAGAAGUACACCCUCAUCGACCCUCCUGCGCUAAAAAAACGUAGUGAAGCAGCUAGCAGCGAGGAUAAGAGUGGCAGCAACCAGGCUCGGCGGCACUCGAUGCCGUUUGACUUCGCGCCCGGCGAUUCGUCCAGGUCCUCUGGCUCUGGUGGGGGCAGUGGGAGGGAGCUGGGGAAGAAGAGCAGCAGCAAGAGCAGCAGGGAGGGUGCUGACAGGCAAUGGGAGGUGGCCAGGACUGAAGUAACUGGCGCCAGCAGCAGCAGCAGCACCGGCAGAAACAGCACUGGUGGUGCUGACGGCGGGGGCGCUAGCAGCAGCAGCGGCAGGGGAGGCGGCCUCCCAUCUAACACAGGCCCGAUUAGCGGUAACGCCAAGCAGGCGACGUCUAAAGGAAGCAGAGACAGCCGUGGGCAUUCUGGGAGGGAAGACAGGGGAGGGCGGCAGGGAGACAGCACGGCAACUGACUCGGAAGGGGCUCCAACGGACAAGGAGGGCACGGGAGAGGUGGCAGGCGCCAAGGGGAAAGCGCCUUCGCUGCUUGAGAGGCUGGUGAUAGGGCGAUAGGAUUCUCAAGAUGCAGGUGUAGAGAGCAGGCAGCUCCUGAUACAGCAGCAGCAAGGGGGUGUGGCGUAAUUUGGAUGCGUAUGAGUGUAUUCGGUUUGGGCUCUCUACGGGUGAAGUCACUCCCUCCCAUCUGGUUCCAUGUGGGACAGUUCAAGAGGGCGGGGCGAAGUUAGUGUCAAAUUAUAUAUUACAUAUAUAUUUUUGUUUAGGCUUGGUAGGUGUGCUACAUUCCUGGAUCCUACUCUAGAGGGGAUACACCCCCCCUUUCUUGUAUCUCUUUCUCUCUCCUAGUGCUUCUCUUUUCUCUCGUACCGUAAUCACCCAGAUAG